AUGUACGUCCAAGCGCCUUUUCCGACCAACAUGGCUCGGAGGUUCCCCUUCAAACUGGUGCCUAGUGACUUUUCAUCCAAAGCGCAUGCAACUGCUCAAGUAUCGGACGCUUGCACCUCGUCAACAUCGGUGAGUAGGUCUGGUAGAUAG